AUGACGGAGGCACUAUGCCCAGUUGCACCCCCUGAUCACCAGACUCGAUCCUACCACAUACCAGAUCAUAUCAACAAGGAGUUUGCAGAAGUAGUCUGCGUCAUUCCGAAACGACUCUACUUCGCAACAACCCUUCAGAAACAUCCGAAACUCAACAAAUGCGUCUUCGGGUCGCUCUCCAUAGACGACGCGUACACACACACCGACCCAGACUGGUCCCCCGACCCAGACUGGUUCCCCAACCCAGACUGGUUCCCCGACCCAGACUGGUUCCCCGACCCAGACUGGUUCCCCGACCCAGACUGGUUCCCCGACCCAGACUGGUCCCCCGACCCAGACUGGUCCCCGAAUCAGACACUUCCCUUUGCCACCCAGAUUGGUGGUCCCUUUGCCACUCGGACUGGUCCCUCUACCACCAUGACCGGUACCCGUUGA